CUUCUUUGUCAUCUUUAACCAUGUCUUCACCAUCUUCACUUCACAUAUCAACCAAUCUUAGAAUUGUUCAGAUUUUCCUGUCAUAAGAUAUCUUACAUUCAUCUUUCUACAAUCAUCUAUAAAAAUGUGAUUUCCAUAUGUGAUUUUAUCUAAUUCUGUAUUUUAAAGAAAAUUUAGCUUUGAAAAUAAGCUUCUCUCUAAAGUCAAAUUUUGACUUGCAAAAAUGACUGUCAGAUGUAAAUGUCACUGUACCAAGCAUGGACCUGGACACAAAAGUCUCUCAAGCAGUACGACUACAGUUUACAGUGACAAAAAAGCUCAGUUUAUUCCAGUUACCCGGUUAGAGGAUGCCCAAGCUAUCCGAGCUGCUGAAUUUCAUCCAAACGGUAAACUUUAUGCCAUUGGAUCUAACUCUAAAACAUUAAGAGUUUGUUCAUAUCCAUUGGGCAAUGAACUUCGAGCAAUAAAAGAGGGUCAUGAACCUUAUCAGCCAACUGUUCUCUUCAAGCGAUGCAAACACCAUAAGGGAUCAAUCUAUUGUUUGGCUUGGAAUUCUUCUGGAGAUUUACUUGCUACUGGAUCAAAUGAUAAAACUAUCAAAUUGAUGCGCUUUGAUGCGGAUAGAUGUGAUAUUGUUGGAACUGAAGCUGAGCUUACUAUGCAUGAUGGAACUGUCCGAGAUCUUUGCUUUAUGGAAGACUUGACCAAUGGCUCCAAUCUAUUGAUCUCUGGUGGUGCCGGUGACUGUAAAAUUUACAUUACAGACUGUGAAACCGCCACACCUUUCCAGGCAUUAUCGGGUCAUUCAGGACAUAUCCUUUCUCUUUAUACUUGGGGUGGUGCAAUGUUCGUUAGUGGAUCACAGGAUAGAACCAUUAGAUUCUGGGAUCUUCGAACUCGAGGAUGUGUUAAUCUAAUCACUGCUCCACCAGCAGCAGGAUCAAUCCAUGGUAAUGAUCCAGUUACUUGACCGUGCUACUAAGAA